UUGUUUUGGUACCCAGUGCUUGAAAAAUAAUCUACAUGUGCUUUUGAGGUAUCAUAAUAAAUCUGCGGGAGUCAGAUAGGCAAAUUGAAUGGAGAAAUCGAGUGGGAAAUUACGCUCACUUGUCAGUAAACUUGUGGAAUGUUUUAGUUCUAUCCAACAAAGACGUGAUAAACCCCAAUCAGAAUGUAUAUUGUGAUGCAAUAAUCAUAUUUUAUUCAGCGUUCUGAAUAGCCUAGUUAACAUCAGAUAGCCAGCUCAGCUGUCAAACUAACGUACGGUAGCGUCGCGAUGGAUUCAUAAUUUCAUCAUCUGAAUGCUUCAUGUUAUUCUAUGAUGUAUCGUAUGCUACUGUUGAGGAGGCUGUUUGCUGCCACUUUUCUUUUCCCUUUCUCACAGGUCAAAAGCAAGUCAUAUCUAACUACUGAAAAAGAGAUGACGGACAGGAUGGAAAGGCUUGAACAAGAGAAGAAGGAGAUACUCCAAAAGGUCGCUGAACUGCAGCAACAGGGUGAAGAACUUAAAGAAAAGCAAAAGCAAUCUGAGAAAUCUGCCACUUCAUCUCUGGAGAAGAUCCAGGAACUGGAGAAUAUUGUGCAAGAGAUGGAGAGUCAAAAUGAGCGCCUGGACAAGGAAAAUAACUUACUCGCCAGAUCCUUUGACGAUGAGCGAGCCAAUACUGCGAAACAUGAAGAUGUGAUGUCUGAAAUGGACAAAACCAUUGAGAAGUUGAAGCGCAGCAGGAAGAAGACCCAGGACGCACUCUCAAAGGCUACCAUUCUGAUGGAUGAAGCCAAGCUCCGUGAAGAUGCCCAGAAAGUCCAGCGCCAGGUUCUGGAGAAGGAUAUUGCCACCCUGAAGGAGGAGAACCUCUCACUGCACCAUGCUGCCAAGUUGUGGGAGGAGAAGCACAGGGAGAUGAGCGAGCAGAUCAAAGUCUACCAGAAGUCCCAGAAAGACCUGGAGGAUUCCCUCGUUCAGAAGGACCACAACGUUGAGGUUUUGUCUGACCUGCUAGGAGACCUGGAGGCCUGCGAUGACCUGAAAGAUGGAGUUGUGGCUAACGGGGAAGCUUCUAAUGACAAGCAGACCGUCAUCCAAAACCGCAUUAAGCAAAUGAUGGACGUCUCUCGGGUAAGACUGAGUUCAUUCUUGAACGGACCAACAUUUCUGUGUACCUGAAAGCCAAUAAAACUGAUGCUCAGAACCAAGAAGUGU